AUGAAGGAAGUAAAGGAGCCCAGGCAUCGCAAAGACAACAGACGCCCAGACCUGGAGAUUUACAAGCCUGGCCUCUCCCGACUGAGGGGUAAAGUGGUGUCCCCAAAGCCUGAAGCCUCGGAGAAGGAGAGGAGCAGAGCUGAGGAGGAGAGCGUCAGUGACAAGGGCUCUUUGGGAGGAGGGCCUGCAGUCCCGGAGGAUUUCAGCAAAGGUGAUGGCUCUAAGCUGAAUGGUCCUUCACAGGAAAAUGAAGAGAUAGGGACUAAAAGUGGUCCCCAGAGCCAGGAGAACACGUCUAAGCAGCCUGCUCCAGAUGAGUGGUGUCCCAAGACCACGAGGAGAACCAAGAAGCCGGACCAGCAGAUCUACCAGCCUGGGAAACGCCUGCACUCAGCUGCUAAAGAACCGUCCCUGCGGUCGGCUGCUGAGGAAGUCACCAGUAAGAUGGAGCAGCUGAAAGUCGAGAGGGACGAAGACACUGAAAAAGCCACUGGAAAAGACAACAAUAGGAAAACCAAAUCGCGCAAGGAGGACAGAGAAGGGAGCCAGACAGGGGAAGGAGUGAAAGCCUCCAGGGGAGAAAAAGGAAGACGAACAGAGCGAAGCGACAGGAUGAGAGCAGGCGACGGGGCGAUGCAGGGGAAGCUGGGCUCUACCAAGCGCUACUCCCGCUCUGACAAGCGGUGCAGCCGCUACCGCACCUGCAGCACAAGCUCAGCUGGAAGCAACAACAGCGUGGAUGGAGCCCCGCUCGUGGACGGGGUGGAGAGGCGGCAGGAGCGUGCCAGAGAAAGAAUACGUCCCAGGAAGCAGCUCUCUGUGUCCUCCACCGACUCCUUGGAUGAUGACAGAAUUGACGAGGCUGAAGCGUAUGGCUCCAGCAGGAAUUCGGACAAGAAAAGGCGUUCGGAGCAGAGUCGAGCUUCUAGGAGUGAGAAUGAAUGGAGCAGCAACGGCAGGGAAGUCAGAGGAUCCUUUCGAGUCACUUUUGACAGCAAGACUAUGAGCAGGGAUAUCAGUCUGGCAGAUACAGAGAAAAAAAAGCCCCUGAAGGCGUUUGGGAGUUGCAGUGACUCAGAUGCUUCGGAGGCGAGGAGCCAGAGCAGAGAGCCCCACGGGAGGGGCCGUGGGAUCCUGUUCCUGCCUGCCAACACAGACCUCUCCGCCAGCACCGUGGGCUCCCCCGAACCCGGUCACCCCGGGCCCAGGCUCUUGCUUGGUGGGGCUGGGAGUAAAGGCCCCCGCAGCAGGGGCCGAGGUGGCACCGCUCGCCGGCUGUGGGACCCCAACAACCCGGACCAAAAACCUGCCCUGAAGAGCCAGACUGCUCAGCUUCACUUCCUGGACACGGACGAUGAAGUGAGCCCCACCUCCUGGGGGGAAGCUCGCCAGGCCCAGACGUCCUACUACAAGUUCCAAAACUCUGACAACCCCUACUAUUACCCUCGGGCCUCUGGCCAAGGCCCGCAGUAUCCUAUGGGUCCAAGCAACGGCGUGUACCCAGGAGCCUAUUACCCUGGGUACCCCGCUCAGGCUGGGCAGUACAUGUGUGGCCCGCUCCCCCCGACCCCUCUCGGUCCUGAAAUGGAGCAGCAAAUGCGGAACAUGCAGCAGCAGGAGCUCAGCAAACUCCUCCGUGAAGCCGGGAACCAGGAGCAGCAGCUCAGCAAUCUGCUUUCCAGAGACCGCAUCAGCCCGGAGGGACUGGAGAAGAUGGCCCAACUGAGGGUGGAGAUGCUGCAGCUGUACGAACGAUGCCUUCUGAUGGAUAUCGAGUUUUCUGAUACCCAGAACGUGGACCAGCUCCUGUGGAAGAACGCGUUUUACCAGGUGAUCGAGAAAUUCCGGCAGCUGCUCAAGGACCCUCAAGGGGAAAAUGCCCAGGAAAUCCGGAACAAACUGCUCCAGCUUCUAGAUGAGGGCACUUCUUUUUUUGAUGGCUUACUCCAGAAGCUGCAGAUGUCGUACCAGUUCAAGCUGGAGGAUUACAUGGAUGGGAUGGCCAUCCGCAGUAAACCUCUGCGGAAAAUGGUGAAGUACGCGCUGAUCAGCGCUCAGAGGUGUAUGAUUUGUCAAGGGGACAUUUGCCGCUACAGAGAACAAGCAAACGACACCGCAAACUACGGGAAGGCACGCAGCUGGUACCUGAAGGCUCAGCAAAUUGCUCCCAAAAAUGGCCGCCCCUACAACCAGCUGGCACUCCUGGCCAUCUACACGAGGAGAAAGCUAGAUGCUGUCUACUAUUACAUGCGCAGUCUGGCCGCUAGCAACCCCAUUCUGACGGCCAAGGAGAGCCUCAUGAGUCUGUUUGAAGAGACAAAACGCAAGGCUGAGCAGAUGGAGCAGAGGAAACAUCAGGUGCUGGAGCUGAGCCCCAGCCGCCGAGGGAAAGGCAAAAAGUCCACACUGCGACAAGUCGAAGACGAUGCCACGCGGCUGGAGAUCUGGAUCCAUCCCUCCCACCCCCGCUCCUCCCAGGGCUACGAGUCCGGCAGGGAUUCAGAGCAGGACAAUGGGCUUGGGAACCUCAGCCCCAGCGAU